CUUCAAGAAGUCAUGAAUGAUCCGGCGGUGGCGGUGCAGGCUGAUUGUUCAUCUCUUGGUAUGGACCCCAAUGGAUCGUCUAGCACGCCAGGGCUGCCGUCGCCUGGCGAGGUGAUCGCGCAGCAACGCAAAGAUGCGAUGCAGGCGGCGGGCCAGUCCUCAAGCGAUGCCGGGCUUCUCUCGCAGCUUACCAGCAAUCCUUUCUUCACAGCGGGCUUCGGUCUCGCCGGUCUAGGAGCCGCUGCAAGUCUAGCGCAAAAGGGACUCCGCCAUGGCGCCGCGCUUCUCCGCCGGCGCAUGCUCGUUGACGUCGAAAUCAGCGUCAAGGACGAGUCGUACCCGUGGUUUCUGCACUGGAUGACCCUAUACCAAAGUGCCCAGAUCACCCCGACUCGCGCCGCGGCGGCCAGCAGGUCUGGCUUCAUGGAAUCGCUCCUCCGGAAACUGACCCCGGGCACGCGCCACCUCUCCAUCCAAACGCAGAAAGUCGAACACACCAACGGCGCCAUUCACGCUCAAUUCGCGCUGGUCCCUGGUAUGGGGCACCACGUGCUGAGAUAUCACAAUGCGUUCAUCUUUGUCAAUCGGAUGCGCGAGUCCAAGUCGGUGGACUUGAAGACUGGGCAGCCGUGGGAGACGAUCACCCUGACAACGCUCUACGCCCACCGCCACGUUUUUGAGGAGAUCUUCCGGGAGGCGCACGCGUAUGCGGUCCAGGCGCACGAGGGCAAGACAACCAUCUACAACAGCUGGGGCACGGAGUGGAAACCAUUCGGGAAGCCGCGGACCAAGCGACCGUUAGAGUCCGUGAUCCUCGACGAGGGGGUCAAGGAACGGAUCGUGGCGGAUGUCAAGGACUUCACCGCGAGCUCGAAGUGGUACCAGGACCGUGGCAUCCCUUACCGACGGGGAUAUCUGCUUUACGGGCCUCCUGGUACGGGCAAAAGCUCCUUCAUCCAGGCGUUGGCUGGGGAGCUGGACUAUGACAUUGCCAUUUUGAAUCUGAGCGAACGUGGUUUGACCGAUGAUCGGCUGAACCAUCUGCUGACUAUUCUUCCCAACCGCACGCUCGUCUUGCUGGAGGAUGUGGACGCGGCCUUCUCCAACCGUCGGACGCAGACCGAUGAGGACGGGUAUCGCGGGGCCAAUGUGACGUUUUCGGGGUUGCUCAAUGCAUUGGAUGGAGUGGCAAGUGCCGAGGAACGCAUCAUUUUUUUGACUACCAACCACGUCGAACGGCUGGAUGAGGCCCUGGUGAGACCGGGCCGCGUGGACAUGACUGUCCGUCUGGGUGAGGUCACUCGCUAUCAGGUCGGUCGUUUGUGGGAUCGGUUCUAUGGGGAGCUGGAACACAGCGGCCGCUACCGCCAGGCAUUCCUCGACCGGCUGCAAGAGCUGGGGCUUAUUGAGGACGAGCAUGGAGAGAAAGCAGAUCUGUCGCGGAGCACCAGUGCUGCCGCUUUGCAGGGCUUGUUCCUCUACAACAAGGGCAACAUGGAAGGCGCCAUUGCUAUGGCCGAAGGACUUAUGUUUCGGGUCCAUGCUGAAGCUAUGGAUCCAAGCAGCUGAAGAUGUUGAAGGUGGAUUAUAGACUGUGUCGUAUGUAAAUUAGAACUGAGCACGGAUUCAUGUAUAAGUCAUAGUAAUCAAUUGGCAGCAAUUGAUCUUGUC